UCCAGUCCACCUCUGGGAGUCUGCUGGCUCCAGCGCUCACUCUCGCUGACAUCUGCUCAGGUUUUUACUGUGACCUAAACGUGCCGGAGCUGAAACAAAAUGAGAGGACUUGUGUUCUUGCUUGCUUUGGUCCACGUUGCCACCGCUCAGCACCAAGCCCUUAUUGACUACUUGGAAAGGAGGCUCCUUGCUAUUGAGGAUAGGAUCUCUCUGUGGCAAGAGCAGACCACACGCUAUGCCUCCGAGCUGCGAGAGCUGAAGCAGCAGAUGGUUUCUCAGCUGGAGAGCCUCGACAAAGAAAAGGAGACACUCAGGAUGACUCUGGACGGCGUGGGGACGAGGGUGGACCGGGUCGAGCGGGAACUGGACUACCUGGAGACGCAGAACGGGGCCCAGCCGUGCGUGGACGUAGACGACAAGCUGAUAGAGCAGCAGGUGACUCUGGUUCAGGAGAAGCAGAAGGCCAAAUACUUCAAACUCACAGACUGCAGUGAUAUGAUCUCCAGCAUCAAAGCCAUGAAGAUCCUGAAGCGAGUCGGAGGACCAAAGGGGAUGUGGACCAAAGACACAGGCGUCACCUCUGGGAAGGUCUACGUUUUCAACGGGACAGCUGAGGACACCAUCAACGAGUUUGCCACUGUUCAAGACCUCGCCCGCUCGCUGGGCUUCUCUUUGUCCACCGACCUGAAGAUUCCCUCCUCCUGGAAGGGGCUUGGACACGUGGUCUACAACAACCACGUGUAUUACGUCAACCAGGCCGAGGAGAUAACGGUGGUAAAGUUCGACACAAGAAACAAGUCCGUGACGGACAGCGCGGUGUUUCCAGUGCAGGAUCACGUUCCUGUGUACGGCCUGAACCCCGAGACGGUGAUGGACCUGGCCGUGGACGAGGAGGGCCUGUGGGCCAUCUACGCCACCAGGCAGAACGAGAGGCACAUUUCUCUGGCUAAGAUGGACAGCAACUCCCUGGACAUCGAGCAAAUGUGGGACACGAACUGCCCGAGAGAGAACGCCGAGGCGGCCUUCGUCAUCUGCGGCACCCUGUACGUGGUGUAUAAUACCCAGCAGCCCAGCCGCUCGCGGGUGCAGUGCGUGUUUGACGUGAACGACCUGGUGACGAACGAGGAGGCGCCGCUGGUUUACUUUCCAAAGCGAUACGGUUUUCACUCCAGUCUGAAGUAUAAUCCUCAGGAGCAGCUGCUCUAUGCCUGGGAUGAUGGCUACCAGAUCCUCUACAAGCUUUCCAUGAAGAAGAAGCUGGAAAUCUGAAACCAACGAAAUACAGUUUUUGUUUUUUUAAAAAGAAAAGGCUUUCUGCAACUCAUGUCUGAACAAAUAUCAUUUUUUUCUCUUCAGAUGUUUCAGUUGUCUGCUCUCGUUUUAGGCUGUCCGUACUAAAUCUUGUAGUCCUGAAAAUUCUGUAAACAUAAUGGCAUUAAUGUAACCUGAUAAACAGUGUUCAGGAUCUAACAAAUCUAUCACUGAGAUGCGGUACACAACUCAAGCUCUGUUUAUUUUUCACAAUAAACACCUCCAACAUGAAAUCUAAA